UAUCAUGGCUGAAAUACCAGGAGACCAUCGUAAUGAACUAACAUGGAAACUAGAGGAGGAAGAAGAAAAGCGAGCAAGAGUAGAUAUCUAUAAAUAUAUAUUCGGGUUUGUAGAAAUGGCUGUAGUGAAAUGUGCCAUUGAGCUUGGAAUAGCUGACACCAUCGAAAGUCAUGGACACCCCAUGUCUCUCUCGGAGUUAUCAUCAGCCUUAGGCUGUGCUCCUCAUACCCUUCACCGCAUCAUGAGAUUUUUGGUGAAUCGCCUAAUUUUCAAAGAGGUCAGAAACAAUGUCGUUGAGCUUGAAGGUUGUUUGUACUCACAAACAGCCCUCUCACGCCUUCUCGUGAAGUCCGGAGAUAGAAGCAUGGCGUCGUUUGUAUUGUUGGAGAGCAGCAAUCCUAUGCUGGCGCCGUGGCACUGCCUGAGCGCCCGUGUCAAGGCAGAAGUAACUGAAUCUUUGACACCAUUUGAGGCAGCGAAUGGCAAGGAUGUAUGGAGCUAUGCGGCAGCCAAUCCUGGCCACAGCCAGCUCAUCAAUGAAGCAAUGGCCAGCAAUGCGAGAGUUACGGUAGCUGCAAUAUUAGACUGUUGUUUGGACGUGUUUGAUGGUAUCGGUACCAUCGUCGACGUUGGCGGAGGCAAUGGAACCACUAUGCAACUGUUAGUUAAGGGUUGUCCUUGGAUUCAAGGCAUCAACUUUGAUCUUCCCCACGUUGUGUCUGUUGCGCUAAAAUCUGACAGAGUUGUCCAUGUUGGUGGUGACAUGUUUGAUUCUGUUCCUAAAGCUGAUGCUGCUUUUCUCAUGUGGGUUCUCCAUGACUGGGGAGACGAAGAGUGUAUCCAAAUACUCAAGAAGUGUAGGGAAGCUAUUCCGGACAAAGGGAAGGUGAUCAUUGUAGAAUCUGUGCUUGAAAAUAAAAAGCAUGAUGCUACUAUAGAAGAGCUACAGCUAAAAGAUGUGGGUUUGUUUCUUGAUAUGGUGAUGAUGGCUCAUACUAAUAAAGGCAAAGAAAGGACCUUGGAGGAAUGGGCUUACGUUCUUGGCCAAGCAGGUUUCACACGAUACAAAGUCAAAUCUAUUAAUGGUGCCAUCUCCUUUGUUAUCGAGGCUUUUCUGGCCUAACUAAUAAUUCGGCUCUCUUAUAUGUAUUUAUACAUAUUAAGAUAAUUUAGUC